CUUUCUCCACCAAAAAGUCGUCGCUCCUUCGGACUACUUCUUCGUUCUUCAACUUCUCUUCUUAGCUAUCCUACACCUUCCUUCCUUCCUUCCUUCAUCCAAAUUCCUCUCUCUCAUCUGUCGUAUACUUUUUUAAACCCUAAUUUCUCACAAAAUUUACAGAUAAUAUUGUUAAAUCGAAUCGGAGCGACGCAAUCUGUGAAGAUAUGGCUCUUCAGUUGAAGUCCAUCGUCCCCCUCAUCAUCCUAAUUUCUCUCUGUCUGGUUGCCCCUCUCAUCCACGCCAAGGACGUCAACUACUGCGAUAAGAAGGCUGACUAUGAUGUCAAGGUCUCUGCGGUUGACAUUAAUCCUUACCCUGUGGCGAGAGGCAAGCCUGCCAGCUUCAGCAUUUCUGCAACUGCAGGUGCAUCAAUCUCUGGAGGGAAAUUGGUGAUUGAGGUUUCAUACUUUGGUUGGCACAUCCACAGUGAGACUCAUGACCUUUGUGCGGAAACAUCUUGCCCUGUUUCAACUGGUGAUUUUGUGAUUGCCCACUCACAAGAUUUACCCGGAUAUACUCCACCUGGUUCGUACUCUCUUAAAAUGAGGCUGUAUGACGGAAACAACCAUGAGCUGACAUGCAUUGCCUUCGAUUUUGACAUCGGGUUUGCAUCAUCUGUGGCUGAUAGUUAAGUGCAUCAAAUAUUUUGUCUUUUAGUAUACCUGUCUAAACUAUGUUAUACAGCAUGGAAGAAGAAUUAUCUCGUUCCAUACUUUUAACUUCACUGGUAUGUUGUGAUCUGUAUAUUAUUAUCGUUCCAUCUACUUCUUGUUGAGACUAUUGAAAGAUAAGGGAACAUGAUUUAAAAUA